ACCACUCAUCUGAAUAACAACAUGAGAGUCGCUACGGGUCUCAGUGAAACUCUUAUCUUUGUGUUAGUUAGCAGGCUUCUACGUGCUUCAUAGCUAAUCAAAUGAUAGCACAGCUAGGUAGAGAAUCUCACUCUUGAACUGACAGUUUGUGAUAGAAAAUGGAAUACCUGCUCCAGGUGAAAAUAGGCGCUCUGGUCGGUUUGUUUUUCUUAACUCUCAUUUUUGGAUUUAUCCCUGCUCGAGUCAAAUGGUUCAGACACACAAACGGGACAGAAACCCACCGCACAGUUCUGAGUCUGAUCAGUUGUUUUGCUGGUGGGGUUUUCCUGGCAGCAUGUCUGCUGGACAUCAUUCCAGAUUAUCUGUCAGACAUCAACGCUGAGCUGGAUGCUCGGGGGGUAGAGGCCAGUUUCCCACUUCCAGAGUUCAUCAUGGCUGCCGGCUUCUUCACAGUCCUCAUAAUGGAGAAGAUUGUCCUGAACUGCCGGGAGAUGGGAGGUGUUCAGGGGGAGAGGGAGCCCCUCAUACCAGACAACAGGAAUGGGCACGGCCACAGCCACGGAACUAGCCCCGAUCUGGAGAGCAGCGGCCACCACGUCCAUGUUGACUUUCAGGCUCACUCCCCCUUUCGAUCCUUCAUGCUCUUCCUCUCACUUUCACUCCACUCAGUUUUUGAGGGUCUUGCUAUUGGCCUACAAAACACUGAUUCAAAGGUGUUAGAGAUCUGCAUCGCUAUACUUGUCCACAAGAGCAUCAUAGUGUUCAGCCUGUCUGUGAAGCUGGUCCAGAGCGCAGUUCGUCCAUUAUGGGUGGCUGCUUACAUCGGCGUGUUCGCCAUUAUGUCACCUUUAGGCAUCGCCAUCGGCAUCAGCGUGAUGGAGGCUCAGCUAGAAGCCGGAGCGCUAAUCCAGGCAAUCCUUGAGGGGCUCGCUGCGGGGACAUUUGUUUACAUCACCUUCCUUGAGAUCCUCCCACAUGAGCUCAACUCCCCCGGGAAACAGCUCCUCAAGGUGCUCUUCAUCCUGCUGGGCUUCAGCAUCAUGGCAGCUCUGACGUUUUUGGGCUGAGAUCUGUCAGGAUGUGAACUGGACACUCUGUGCUGACUACUGCAACUCCCGCAGGUUUGUGGGUGACCUUUGUACAGAGAGACAGUGUCUCUAUUAGAAAAGAAGAAGUAGGUUUACAGACGCACUGUUAAAUCCAAUUCUGGAGUUUUUAUUAUCCAAGGGAGCAUGAUGACAGGUGUUGGUGUUUUAUUAGUUUCCUUAUAUCAUUUCAAAGGAAGAGUCCAUCCAAUUUCUGUAUAUAUAAUUUCUUUUUAAGAGUAUUUUAUGUAAAGAGGAACCACUUACUGCUAUGAUAAGUUUGUUAUACAGGGGGAAUAAGUGGUGUAUGACUGAGGCCCCUCAUUUAUUACUGGCCAGGUUUGGAAACAUGCUUUGGACCUGCAAACAAAACCACCUUCUGACCUUUGACACCAAUGAGGAAACCCCCUUGAAACAAAGGGUCAUGUUGUAUGCAUGUGAUGCCUUGUAAUUAAUUCAAUCAUGUCAGUAUAUCAUUACCUCUAGGUAUUUAAUGUUUACAUUUUAUGUGAAACAAAUUCAAAGUGGGAGUGUGACAGCUUCUUGUUUGUGCCUUCACUUUUGUUGAAGUAUUUCAUAUGGUACGUUCUUUACCACAGGCUCAGAUGGAUGAGUCGUCUCUGUAAAUUGUUAAUGAUGUUUCCACUGACCGAGGUUUAUUUGGUAAAUACUGGCAUUUUAGUGCAAUGCUUUUAGAUGUAGUUUCCAGUAUUAGUUUGCUUUUACUGGAGAAACAAUCAACAUUUCUUACAUUUGUCCAGGGAACUAAUGUAUAUAGAAACUGACUCCCUGAUGCCUUAAGAAGGUAUUAUGCAAAAUGUAAUUGGGUUUUAACAACCCACUAUUUAAACAUACUGAUCACUAUUACUGACAUAAUGCCAACCUUUAUCCCUAGUUAGGUCCUCUCUGUUGUUCCACUUUGUUCACUCUAACUAGAUCGCACUGUUUGUCCAUUGCAAAUACAGACAAAAUGCUGCUUUACUCAAAUACUGUCUUUCUGUAAAAUGCUUUUAGUUCUCGGUUUUCAAUGUGGACAAAUACGGACACUUUAAAUAUCAGGACAGAGGGACGUGAAAGAUAAAGAAUUAAUUCUGUUAACUGAUACCUUUAUUGUAUUUUACUUUUGCACACGCUUGUAUUUGUGUCAAGAAAUCAAACCUUGCAUUACAACACCAUACAGCACAUUGGGUAUAUUAAUUCAGUGUAUUCUGAACUACAGUAUGGGCUGAGGGCCAAAACUGUAUUUUUCAUGAACCACAUAUGUCACACAGCAGUACAGUAUAACAAUAGUAAUAAUAAUAAUAAUAAUAAUAAUAAUAAUAAUAAGCAUGUGCACUCAAUCUGCAAAAACUCAACCAGUGUGUAAGUGUAUGUGUGUAACUAUAGCUGUAAACUGUCUCUGUUUAGUCACAGGUUUAGACUGUUUGAGUCAUGUGAUGGCCAGAUUGUUCCCUGAACAGAACAAAUAGCAGGAAGUUGGAAUGUGUGGGGGGUUUUUGUUGUGAAAAACUUGUAUGUCAGCAGUUUUAUUAAUGCCAGUUCAGCUUGGGCAUGUCUCAUAUCUUGUGCAGAUGUGCACAUAAUCUGCAUGUUUUCCCCCAUUAAAGGCCUACUGACCAAGACUGAUGAAACAAUUUAACCAAAAGAAAAGACACAGUACUGCUUUCACUACCACUACCAAACUGUGCAUUGUAAUAUGUAGAAGUCAAUACAAAUACAAAACUGUUUUUUUUUCCCCAAGUAGACCUACACUUAUUUUGUGCCUUAUAAUCAUUCAUUUCAUGAGAGAGACGCGACUUUGUUGUCUGUUGUGUCAACUUGAUGAGAGUAAAGAUAAAUGAGGAAUCUUCUGCGUACUUCUUCAUUGUGUGCAAAUGUUUCAGCGCCUAUAAUCUUUAUUAGGUGGAUUUAUAGACCAACAAUAACAUUAAAUCAAUAAAAUGCACUUUUUUAUACUUAAUGUAGAUGUACUUUAAAUGUAACUUCAGUUUACUCAAAUUGCUCUUUCAAGUAAAGUAUUGUUAUAUAUUAUAAUAUGUAUUUUAUAAUAAACACUAUAUUAAUGUGUCUAAAA